AUAAAUUCAACCAAUAAGGGUAAAUCUAAUGUGUGCAGAAAUGAUAGUUUUAUUUCAUCAGUCGAACGACGUUUGCACACGCGAUAAGUCACGUGCUAGAGGAAGUUAAAGUUAAAGUGUGCAUAUAGUGAAAACUGGAUUUAGAAAACAUAGAAAAAAUAAAAAAUAAAAUUGUAAUUUUAAAAUUUAGAUAUAGUUUUUCGAAUGGAUCAUUCAGUUCACUGGGGAUAUUCGACAGGACAAAAUCAUCCAGAAACCUGGAUCCAUAAUACUCGUGGUUUGAAACGUGGUUAUUCGGAAAGUGAUGGUGAUGAAUUGUAUUCAGAAGAAUCUUCCAAGGAACAAAACUCUCCUGGAGCUGCCGUUGGAAAUUGUCAAUUAUUAAAUCGUAAAAAGCGACGUGGUGUAAUCGAAAAGAAACGACGUGAUAGAAUAAAUAAUUCACUUUCAGAAUUGAAACGGUUAGUACCGUCUGCCUAUGAAAAACAAGGAUCAACAAAAUUAGAGAAAGCUGAAAUAUUGCAAUUAACUGUGGAACAUUUGAAAAAUUUACAUGCUAAAGGUAUAGAUGGAACGUCUUGUGAUCAAUCACGUUUCGCUUUAGAUUAUCACAUAAUAGGAUUUAGAGAAUGUGCUGCUGAAGUUGCUCGAUAUCUUGUAACAAUUGAAGGAAUGGAUAUUCAAGAUCCCUUAAGAUUACGUUUAAUGUCACAUUUGCAAUAUUUUGUUCAGCAAAGAGAAUUAAGUGCUAAAUCAACAGCCGUAAGUGGUCAAGUGGCUAGUACUGCAUGGCCUGUAAAUACAUAUCAUCAUCAAACAACAAAUAUGCAUCAUCAUACACCAUAUCAAGCAUAUUCAAUACAACCAAAUGCAUCAGCACCUUAUGCUCAACCUAUACUUUCACAUCACACCAAUUCAACAACAUCAUAUACACCAUCAUCAAAUUCGCACAGCCUCUCUGUACCACCAUCAAUUCAAAGUGAUAUAGAUAAUGUUAGUGCAAUGUUAAAUCCAAGUGAUCAUCAUUCAACACCACAACAACAUACAACAAAUCAUUCAACACAUCAUCAAGCAACUGAUCAACAUCAAAGUUCAACUUCAAAUUCAAAUGAUUCUGGAGCAAAUCGCCAAUUGCCACAACAAGAACAAACUCAAACACCCAAUUACGUAAACCAUCAUCAUCAGCAACAACAAACAACAGGUAAUCCAACUUAUACAGAAUUAACUACAAUAACUAGAAGUUCCGGAGAUUAUGGUUUAACAUAUUUACCAAAUAGUAAUCAAGAAUAUGGUAACACUACUCAAAAUUCAAAUUACACAACAAAUCAUAGUAAUAAUAAACCAUAUCGACCAUGGGGAGCGGAAAUGGCUUAUUAA